AUGGGGGGUGAUGAUGAGGAAAUGAGUGCGAAAGAGGCCGCUCAAAAGUAUAUCCCGUUGAUCGAUAAAGUUUACGCUGGAACCAAUACUGAUAUACCAGAGGCAAAUCUUCUUGGCGAGCUGCUCAAAUUACUGGCAGACCUUCCGAAGGGGUUUCAUCUAUUUUGUGAUCCGGUGCUUGAACCCAUUUCAAUCUUUUGUUUAACUAUCUUCUCUUUCAAUGAGCAACAAACUGUGACAUGGCUGAAAAAUAAGUUCAAUCCACCUUUAGCUACGUGUGAGAAAUGCAUUUUGAAAUUUGCCAGGGGAAAAUGCAGGAUGUUGCAGCAUUUCGCCAUCCAAAGGCAUGUACCCCAUGAGCAUGUCGCAAGAUUCAAUGACAUUGUGUGUAUAUGGAGGAUAGAAGCCAUUCUUCCUGUACUUCAGCAAAUAUCUAUCAAUGGAAAUACUGACGUUAAGGUAACUAGAGACAUCGAAUUAUCAAUGUUUGAGUGUCUCUGUAAUCCACACAUGCUGCGAUUGAAUAAGGAUUUUAAGAUGACAUUUGAUGCUAUCUUUAAAUUUAUGUACCUGUCCAAACAACCCUUUUUGGAUCCUUAUCACUCUAAGUUGGUGAAAGUUUUCACUGCGGGCGUCAUAUUUUGUUGGUGUGAAGGCUCUCAGGAACAGAUUCAAUGGUCUAGAAGUAUUUUGAAAAAAUUGCAUAAAGAAAAUUUCAAUUCAAAUGCCUCCAAUGUCACUCCAGAUAUUAUUGAAGAGAUGAGUAUACAUUUAAUUUUUUUACAAAAUCCUGCAAACUGGAAUGAGCUUGUUGUUUCACAAUUUUGGUCAAAGUUACUUCCUAUUUUUUCAUUCUUUGAUAAAGAUGUCUUCAUUGAGUUUUUUGAGACUCCGAAGAAUCUUGAAUCUCUUAAGAAAACUGUACGGUUUCCAAUUGAGUCGAUCUUCAGGCUUUGGUAUAAUCAUUUAGGAAAAACAUAUCGCGACAAGCCACUAGAGUUUCUAUUAAGGGCCCUAAACAUGUUUUUGGAAAAGUUGGGCUCUGAGUUUUGGACCAAGAUUGAUCCGUUCACAUUUCAUAGUGUCCUUGAUAUACUUUUUGAACGUGAUACUUUUUCAAACAAGCUGCUUAGACUUCAAAAUAAUAUUAUUCCGGAUGAUGAUGUCGAGGGUAUUUUAUCGUUAACAGGGUCUAUUACUGAUAUGGUUUCAUGGACUUUACCGUUUUAUCAUUCCCUUUCCCCCGCAAAACGAAUUCAGAUGGUAAAAAAGGUCUCAAUGGCAUUUUUGAGAGUAAUCGCAAAUCAGAAGUCAUUGAAAUCAAUCCCCAAAGCUUGUUUGAUGAAUUCUUCGACAGCACUAUUAUCUGCGGUACUAACAAUAACGGACGCGGAAAGGGCUAUGCUUUAUCAAAGAGAUGAUUUUGAGACGCUGCUUUACUCCAAAACGGACUCUCGAGCACUUUUAAAUAAUCCUUUGGUUCAAGAUAUGGUUUUAAAAUCAACAACUAGCCCUGAUAUUUUGUAUCCUGAACUCGGUGAAUCUGCUAUAUCUGUGUCUACCUCAGCCAUGACUGUAUUGACGAAAUGUAUCAAUCUCGAUAUAUUGCUUCUCUGCCAGGCAACAUACAAGCUUUAUUUGGGAAAACGUAUAAGCGAAGUGCCGUUCUCGCAGACACUGCUGGAAAACUUGACUAAAAAGCUUGAUUUGAGGUCAUUCCAUGAUGGUCCAUUGUUUGCGAAACAAUUGCUAGUGUCACUAGAGGAUAUAAAUGGGUUACUAGUCAUACCUUCCAAGGAUAGAGAAGUUCAGAAGCAUAAUAAUCUCAUCAAUCUUUUUCUUCCCUUGUGUACAAUUCUGGUAGGGAAAUUUACUGACAUUUUGCCCAAUCAGUUAUCGAAAGUUCUAGCUGAUGGAGAUGCAGCUCAGGGCUUUUGGUCAUGCAUAUUCUCUUCAAAUACCGAUUUAUAUCAAGCUACAACGAAUAUUUUGUACGAUACGUUCGAUGUUGAAGGGAGACUCGAAGGUAUACAAGCAAUUUUAGCUAACAACCUGACGGGGCAUAUAAGGGCAAUAAAUCUCGUGCUGCGCCAGCUCAUCAAGUGCGAAUAUUAUGAGCCAUGCCCUAGGGCUAUCCGGGUGCUAAUGGAUAUUGUAAGUGCAUUUACGGAUCCAAUAGGUGGUAUCUUCUCAAAUUAUUCCACUAUGAAAAACGAUGACACAGAUGCAGAAGUAUGCCAAUUUUGGGAAUUAUCCUGGUCAUUUCUCGAUACAAUAUACCGCUGCACUCUAAGAUGGGCCACCAAAUAUGAAUAUUCUGAGCUUGAGAACUUUACCAAGGAUACUCUCGAACUCAGUAGAAAUUUAGUUGAUUCCUACAGGACAUUUCUCGAUAUUUUGAAUGAACCAGGAAACAUCUUAUUUGAAAGUGUUUUGCAUGCCGUCAAAAACAUGCUUUACUGGCUUAGAUUAAGUGAUGAAGACCUUCUCGAGUCUUGUGUGCGACUGAUCGUUAGUACAUCUGAGCUUGCAAAUGAAAAGAAAAUUCCCUUUAGUGACGAUCUCGUGGAAACCAUGGCAAAGUAUGCUGCUAAAGCCAAAAAAUUCUCAAAUAAACUAUCUGAACAUCAGGCUGCGGAAAUCUUGACUAAGGCGCGGUCCUUCAAUUCCAAAAUUACAGAGAGAGUUGUAAACGAGGCUGAAAUUUACCGCAAGACGAAGCUCUCUGCUAGUGCUACUCCCUCAACUUCCACUACCACCUCCCCCCAACCCGUUGAUUUAUCUGAAUCAAGAGCUGACUUUUUGCAAAGAAAGGCUACCUCUUCUUCUAUAACAGGUAGACCAAAGGCAUCUCAGGCCAAGAUAACUUCUUUUGGAACGUUGCAACAUGGGAGCUCUGCACAUUUGCAGCAGUCGAGAUUACAAAAGCCAAUAAGCAAAAUGGAGCUUGCGAGACGUCAACUGCUAAAUAAUAGAGUUGUUCAUCCUGCAAGUAAUACAGUUUUUCAUACAAAACCCAGGAGCAAUACGGGUAAAAACACCGAAGAUAGUAGCGAUGAAAGCGAAGGUGACAUUGAAACAGCAAGGGAGCUAUUUGCUACAGCAAAAUCCAAGUCGAGGAGUAUUCAGACAUUGGAUAUUAAUGGUAAAGUUGCAUCUAAAACAACCAAUGCUGACCGGGCGAAAUUGGAAGAAGAGUAUAUGAGAAGGAGGUUGAACAUUGAUUUAAAUCCAUUCUAUGAAACAGUUCUAUUGUGGAACUACUGUCGCAAGAGCGAAUAUCCAGAUGAUGAAGGUUUGGAAAAGUAUUCUAAUGUAAACGAUACUUUCAAAUCCGUUGGUGAAUAUCAAAACGUGAUCAAACCUUUGCUUCUCCUAGAGACUUGGCAGGGCCUAUGUUCUGCUCGUGAUAGAGGAGAUUUCAAGCCCUUCAGUAUUGUUGUUGGAAAUCGAACCGCUGUUUCGGAUUUUUACGAAGUUUACGCUUCUGCCAAAAGGUCUAUACAGGAUUCAGGCAUCACAGAAUCUGACCUGAUAGUCUUGGGGUAUUUUCCAGAUUACAUCCCUGGUUCCACACUUACAAACGAUGAUUUCAAAAACACUCCCCAUACUUGCUUGGCAAAGAUUCGAACUCUAAAAAACACAAAGGGAGACAAUGUUGACGUUACUCUGCGUAUUCACCGCAACCAUAAAUUUUCCAAAUUCCUCACACUGCGGUCAGAGAUUCAUGCGGUGAAAGUAAUGCAAAUGACCACAGUGGAAAGAGAAUAUAGUUCACUAGAGGGAUUGCAGUACUACAACCUUGUUGAUCAAGUGUUAAGUGCUCAACCACUCGCUCAAGGUAAAGCUCCGUAUGAAGAAAUCGAGGUUGUGAAAGAAAAAUAUCGACUCAAUCUUUCACAGGCGGCGGCCAUUGUCAACACAGUAUCGAAAGAAGGAUUUUCCUUAAUUCAAGGGCCACCUGGUACUGGUAAGACAAAGACCAUUUUGGGUGUUAUUGGCUAUUUUCUUUCGACUCGCAACAUCACCCCAUCAAACGUUAUACAAGCCCCAGCAGGUGGUGAAUCAUCUUUAACAACGGAGCAACUGUUAAAAAAGCAGAAGAUUCUCAUUUGUGCUCCUAGUAAUGCCGCUGUAGAUGAAAUUGUUAUUCGGCUAAGGGAUGGAAUUAUCGAUAGAAAUGGCGAUCAAUUUAAGCCUAAUAUAGUUCGUGUGGGUAGAUCUGACGCUGUUAAUGCGGCAAUUAAGGACCUUACUCUGGAAGAGCUUGUUGAAAAGCAACUUGCCCAGAAAAACUAUGAGUUCUCAGCAAACCCUGAGCUUGAGAAGAAAUUCGGCUCAGCUGUCUCGAAAAGAAGAGAGUUGAGAGCUAAAUUGAAUGCUCAGAAUGAUGCAUCAUCAACUACUAUGUCAACUUCAGACGUGGCAAAGUUGCAGCUGGCAAUCAGAGAAUUGAGUAAGGAAUUGAAUCAGCUCGGAAGAGAGCGAGACGAGAUUAGAGAAAGAAAUUCAGUGAACUACAGGACUAGAGAUUUAGAUAGACGUAAUGCUCAGGCCAGGAUUUUGGCCAGUAGUAGUGUAAUAUGCUCAACUUUAUCAGGGUCUGCGCAUGAUGUACUAGCCUCUUUGGGAGUCAGAUUUGACACUGUGAUAAUUGAUGAGGCCUGCCAAUGUACCGAACUAUCUUCCUUAAUUCCUUUGAGGUACGGUGCUAAAAGGUGUAUUAUGGUUGGUGAUCCAAAUCAACUGCCCCCAACCGUUCUUUCAGGAGCUGCCAGUGAUUUCAAGUACAACCAGUCACUCUUUGUUCGUAUGGAAAAGAAUAGCAGUCCUUAUCUUUUGGACGUACAAUAUCGUAUGCACCCGGCUAUUAGCAAGUUUCCGUCUGCCGAGUUUUAUAAUAGUCGUUUGAAGGAUGGCCCCAAUAUGGAGGCUCUAAAUGCCAGACCAUGGCACUCUUUAUAUCCACUAUCGCCCUAUAAGUUUUUUGAUAUUGUGACAGGUCAGGAAAGGCAAAAUUCCAAGAGUAUGUCCUACGUUAACAUUGAGGAAAUUAGAGUAGCUAUUGAACUGGUGGAAAAUUUGCUAAAUAAAUUUGAAAGAUCAGUGAAUUUCUCUAAUAAAAUAGGAAUAAUUUCGCCUUAUAAAGAGCAAACUUUACGGAUGAGAAGAGAAUUCGGAUCGUAUUUCGGAAGCACAAUAAUGCAAUACGUGGAUUUCAAUACUAUUGACGGAUUUCAAGGUCAAGAAAAAGAAAUAAUCAUCAUUUCAUGUGUUCGUGCCGAUGAUACUAAGUCAAGUGUUGGUUUCUUAAAGGAUUUCCGGAGAAUGAAUGUUGCUCUGACCAGAGCAAAGACAAGCAUGUGGAUAUUAGGGCAUCAAAAAUCUUUAGUCAAAAAUAGCUUAUGGAAACAUUUGAUCAGUAAUGCGAAGCAAAGAAAUUGUUUGGAAUACGCAUGUGCUGGAUUUUUAGACUCCAGAAACCAAAGGGCUCGACAGAUACUAGGUAAAUUGAGGAAUCUAGGAAAUUCACUUCCAAAGGAUGAUGAUUAUAAUCCUACCAUUCGGGAGAAAACUGUGUCUUCCCUCUGUCAGCCUGAAGAUGAUCGCGAUCACCAAAAAAAGCAGGAAAGAGGUCAUAAAAACGGCAGAAAAGGAGAUAAUAGCUCGGCAGUUGGCUCGAAAAAGAAAAAGUCUACCAUUUUCGGUGCUACCUCUCAUGUAGAUGGGCCUAAACCUCAUACUCCCUUCGUAAAGCAAAAGGAAAAUUCGACAAGAAACAUGAACAAAGCUGAGACAACAAGAAAUAGUCAACAUUUAAAUAAAAAUACUCAAACUGAUGCUUUGUGCGACGAGGAAAACGAGUAUGUACCUAGGCUCCCCACAGAUAAUGAUCAGCAUAGAUAUUCGUCAACGAAACAUAUCAAUAGCAGUACUGAUAGGCAACAAGAUGAAAACGGCAAGGAGACAGGUACUGAUGAUGACAAUGAUGACUACAAUCCCGUCACCAACUAUUCCCACGGCAGUAUAAAUAAGUUAAACCAGGAAGUCAAAGGAAGAGCUAAUGGCACGACCAAUGGAAGUGCUACCGGCAGAAGAAGUCAUUCCUCAAAUCCUUUCAUUCCAAGGAAGAGACCACACCAUAGAUAG